AUUGACUAUUCAGAUUGCAAUUUUGGGCUACAGCGUGAACAUCAUCGUCGCCUGCGUCGGCCAAUUUUGCAUUUGCGUAAGCUGAUUCACUCCAUUGCCAAAAAUUCCAAAAGUAAAGUAAACGAAAUCUUGUAACGCCUUUACCCGCCUUUUAGCCCUUAAAAGUGAAUAACGCAUUCGCUCAGUAACGUGUGAGUUAUUGUGAGUCAAUUUUAUGUUUUAACAACACAACAUUACUUCAUUCUCCUGGCUGUAAGCUGUCCCCCACACAAUGUGUGUCCAGUUCCGUUGUUCGAUCUGCAUGGAGCUCUUCGGUUACUCUGAUGUUGUCGUGGCUCCACCAUGUGGGCACACAUUCCACAGCCAAUGCAUUCGACAAUGGCUUGGUACCCAUAGAGAUUGUCCAACCUGUCGUCAAGCCUCUUCAAUUAGAGAACUUCGAAGGGUAUUUUUGGAUUCUGUUGAAGUGGACCCUGCCAACCUACAACUUAAACUGGAUGAAAUGUCAAGGGAACUUAACACUGAAAAACAACUCAAGCAGUUUGCCGACGAAGAGUUAAGAAAAUGUCGAAAACUCCUUAGCACUUCCCGCCUUGAACUUGAGAAAACCAAGAAUCAAUUGAAAGAGAAAGUGGACUCUGAAUAUAUUCAACAAAAGCUGGAAGAAAUGACCAGGGAGCGUAAUAGUCAACUACAACUAAAGCAGUUUGCCGACGAAGAGCAGUUUGCCGACGAAGAGUUAAGAAAAUGUCGUGUACUCCUUAUCACUUCCCGCCUUGAACUUAAGAAUGCGAAGAAGGAAUUGAAAGAACAAUCCAGCUUGGCAGAAGCCCGAAAAGCAAAACUAAUAGAGGAGCUUGAGGCCCUUACGGAGUCGAUCUCAUCACUUUAAGGCACUAAAAAGAAGAGAGGACAAAUGAAAAUUAAAGAUCCAUUGGUGAAACCGAUGAGAGGUUGCUGAAAUUCAAGACUGAUUGCUAAAUUCUCGACUCUGAGGUUGUACAAAAAUCCUCAUCAUCCACUUGUAUUGUAAAUAUUUUCCAUCUUUUGCCUGUUCAUUUCGUCAUGCCAAGUGUGCACUGUCCUCACCGUUUAAGACUAUUUAAUCAACCCAAGAUGCCAAAGUUCCUGUCUUAAAUCGAUAAUCGAUCAAUUAUUUAAUAUUCUUCAUAAAAUACCGUAAGAAAUUUAUAGCCACGGCGAGCAAUUUUUGUAACAUGUUCUGCUAAAUUUUUCUAGCUCGAUCAGCAUAAGAAAAGUAUAAAAAAUGUGACACGAUUUUUCUUGUAUACAGAUUGGCCGAUUUCGUAUACUUGAGGAUUGAAUACACAAUAUGUUGACUUUGAAA